AACACCAUCAUACACUUGAAUGACAGAAUCUGAACCAUGUAAACACUCACAACAGUUUUAUUUGAACAACAAUGACUCUUUCCAGCGUGUGUUUCUACUACAUUUCAAGUAAAUUGUAGGCUACACACAUGGACUUCCUUGCAGCAAAGACAUCUAUUGUGUCAUUAAAUGAUACAAAUGAAACGUCUUCACACAAAACGGCAUUUUAAAAAAGAUGACAUAACGUUACCUUUAUAUUGGGACUUCUUCUCCUCCUCUUUUCUUCUCUUUCGAUGCUGCGCACCGGAGAGAUUUGACGGCCGUUUCAUCUUGAAAGAUUUAUCAAAACAUAACGUGUCUGUCACUUGACGUGACCUGACCUCUGUGACAGCGGUCUGACCGUCUAAAGGGGGGCAAGGCAAUGACCACACGUCACGUGACUCAGCACCACAACCAGCCGCUCCGAGCUCAGGAUCCCUCCUGUUGCCAACAUGCUGCCGAGUUCUCGCCUUGCAAAGAAGCUUGUGACCAGCUCGCCACUAUAAAGAGUGAGUCACGUCUAAAGCAUCUCCUCCAGAGGUUACCCAGCUACUGUCCAGAAUUGAUGAAUGAGCUUUGGAUGUGCAUUAACUCUACACUUCCAGGAGUGUCCAGGAAGUCGGACGGCUGGGUGGGGCUGGGCUGCUGUGAGCUGGCUAUCUCAGCUGAGUGUCGCAGGGAGUGCAGACAGGCAUCAUCUAAGAAUGACAUAACAAAAGUAUGCAAAAAAGUCACAGAGAACUCUCUCUACAGCUGCAUCACCAAAAAUGAAGAGGGCUCCACAUGCUGCAGCUACGCAGGGCGCCACACCACCUGCAGGGAGUACUGCCAGGCCAUCUUCAGGACCGACUCGACGCCCACCGUGUCCCAGAUCAAAGCUGUGACAGAUUACUGUCAGAGUAUCAGCACUCAGCUGCUCAGCUGCGUCAGCAACUUCACCAAGUCCUACCCCAUACGCAGCCCCAUAGACAGUCUGUACUGCUGUGACCGGGCCGAGGCUACCCACUGCCAGGUGGCCUGCCGGAGAAUCCUUCGCACCAUGAGCACAGAACAUGAGAUCAUGGAGGGUUUGAUCGAGGAGUGUGGCUCCCAGCCUCUUCCUCAGGAGCCCAUGUGGCAGUGCUUCCUGGGCAGCGCCCACCCUCCGUCCCCGCCUGAAGAGGAGACCCCCCAUCCUGCCAAGAUGGACUGUGCCAAGCUGCACUGCUGCUCCAAGGCGAACACCUCACUCUGCAGGGACAUGUGUCAGGAGAUCAGCACUAACUGGGGCAGCCAGACGUGGCAGGACUUCGACCAGCUCUGUGAGUACAACACAGUGGAGACGGAGCUCAUCAACUGCCUGGCUGAUGUCAGAGAGCCCUGUCAGCUGGGCUGCAAGGACCUCGCCUACUGCACCAACUUCAACAACAGGCCCACCGAGCUGUUCCGCAGCUGUAACGUCCAGUCGGACCAGGGCGCCAUGAACGACAUCAAGCUGUGGUCCAACGGCACCAUCAAGAUGCCCUUCAUGAACAUCCCUGUUCUGGACAUCAGGAAGUGUCUCCCCGACAUGUGGAAGGCCGUGGCCUGCUCUCUGCAGAUCAAACCGUGCCACAGCAAGUCCAGAGGCAGCGUCAUAUGCAAGUCAGACUGUGUGGAGAUCCUGACCCAGUGUGGGGACAGGAAACGUUUCCAUGAAGGACAAACUCCAGAGAGGAUCUGUGAGCUGCUGUCCCCCAUCGAUGACCCCGAGCGCUGCAUCCCCCUCCACACAUACCUGACCCCCAGUCCUCUAGGGAAGAGCAUCGUGGAGGAGGUGAUCCAUCCCUGCAACCCCAACCCCUGCCCCAGCAACCACCUCUGCCACGUCAACAGGAAGGGCUGCCUCGACGAACUCAACUGUCAGCCGUUCCUCUGUGUGCCAGGCUGUAAACUCGGGGAGGCCUCAGAGUUUCUGGUGCAGCAGGACGCUCGUAUCCAGGUGCCGACUCGUACUGGACCUACUGGUUGCCACGAGGUGUGCAGCUGUGGUGUCAGUGGGCGUCUGGAGAACUGUGUGGAGAUGCCCUGCGUGGACACCAACAAGCCCUGCAUCGUAGAAGGACUGAGGAAGAGCCACGGGAAGUCCUUCAGGAUCAACUGUCGUACCUGUUCCUGCUUCGCUGGAGACACCAUCUGCUCUUCAAGAGAAUGUCUCAGCCUCGACAGCUCCAACGAGGACCGCAGACACUUUACUGGUCUUCCCUGUAGCUGUCCGGACCGGUUUGUCCCCGUGUGCGCCUUAAACGGGCGUACGUACCCCAGCGCCUGCGUGGCGCGCUGCAUGGGCUUCAAGGAUCACCAGUUUGUCUUCGGCUUGUGCCGCCUCAGUAACCCCUGCACCAGCAAACCCUGCCAGAGGAACCAGAGGUGCAUCCCAAAGUACCGAGUGUGCCUGAGUGACUCGUCAGACUGCCCCCAGUACGAGUGCGUUGGCCGACCAGCAGCCUGUGAUAAGAACAGCGUGGAACCAGUCUGUGACACCGACGGCCUGGUCCAUCCCAGUCUGUGCCAGCUGCAGCAGGCUGGGAAAACCCUGGCCUACAUGGGCCACUGCCAGGAUGCCUGUAAGAAGGUUCAGGAGGUUUGUGGCCAUAACGGUGAAACAUAUGACAGCGAGUGUGAUGCCUUCUCUGACCGCGUGGCGGUGGACUACGAGGGCCCGUGCCACGCCGUGGGGGCCAUGUCUGACGUGGCCCCUGAGUCCGCCUGCAGCGUGAUCCCCUGCCCCCCUCUGUCCACGCCAGGCUGCCAGCCCGUCACCCCGCCUGGAGCCUGCUGUCCGAUAUGUGCCAGCAUGUUGCAGAUCCUCUGGAACAAAGAGCAGAUAAACACUUUCUCCAAGCUGAAUAAGAACCAGCCGGUGACGGUGCACGACGUGCUGCAGAUCCUCAGGUUUUAUGUCUCGGUGCCUCAGUGUGACGUCUUCGGAUACCUGAGCAUCGACCACCAGCUGGUGGUCCUCAUAGCUCCAGUAGACCAGCAGCCUACAGCACUGCAGGUGGAAGCCUGCAGUAAGGAGGCGGAGAAGAUAGAUUCCCUCAUCAACUACGCCAGCCCCACGCUGGUCUCCCACGUCCCCCUCUCCGCCUUCCUCUUAUCCGAGAUCAAGACCUCGUCCAUCCGCUCCUCCGGGGCUCCUCCUCCUCCUCCUCCUCUGGCCCUCUGCCUCCUGCUGGGCCUCCUCCUCACUGCUGCUCCCGUCAUCCAGCAGGUCUGACAGCUCCUAUCAGCCUGUCCCUCCUCCAUCAUUAACUCUUAAUGCUCCAAAGUACCCCUCACCCCCCCCUACUGGGACGACGGGGAUGUGACGAGGAGAAGAAGAAGAAGAAGAAGAAGAAGAAGAAGAAGAAGAAGAAGCAGCACGGACGCCUUUGUCGACAAUCAUUCCUUCACCUGCGUGUCAAACAAUCAAGCUGGUGGAAAAGCUAUUAUUAUGAACAGUGUUAUUCAGUGGAUGACUCGCCUCCAGUGGAGAGUGUUGAAGUGUGUGUGUGUGUGUGUGUGUGUGUGUGUGUGUGUGUGUGUUACGAGGGGCAUUUUAUGUCAGUGAACUAUCCUAAAUGACAUCAAACCUCUAACGUGCGCAUAAAUAUCACAUAAAUGUGAUCUUGUGAUUGUGUGUGAUCCUGUCAU